CAUGGAUUGAACGGCAGCGAAAUUGUAUACGGAAGAUGGCCGCCCCCUGCAAUCAUUGCAGUUUGCUACUUUGCAGAGCCUGAUCCUCUGGAAAGACACUUUCUCGAUCCUCGUCUGCUCCAUUUUUACACCUGUUUGAAUCAGGAAUAGUGAUCUAAUCUGCUGAUGCUGUUUUAAGAUGUCAGAUCUACAAACAAAGUACCAGAAAUUGGCACAGGAGUUUGCCAAAGUCCGUGCUCAAAAUCAGGUGCUGAAAAAAGCUGUCAUUGAAGAGCAAGCUAAGCAGAAUGAUGCAAAGGAGCAACUCAAAGUACGUGACCAGAAGAUUCGUAAGUUUGAGCAGGAGCUUGACAGUUUGACCUUCCGUAACCAGCAGCUCACCAAGAGGGUCAACUUCCUGCAAGAUGAACUGGAUAUACAUGAAUCAAAGGGGGGCAAGAAGAGCAAGAACAAGGACAUGGACAAUGCAACUCAUGUGAAGACAUCACCCAAUGUGAUAGGAGAGGAACUGAGAGGAAAGAUUCAUGAAAAUGAGACCCUCCACAAACAGCUGUAUGACCUUUCAGAAGAACACCGGAAGAUAGUGACAGAGCUAAGCAGCAAACUAGCUAAUCUGGAGCGUGACAGUAGCCAGCAUCACAGCGUGAUAGAGGCCUCUGAGAAACAAUUCAAGGAGACCCUAGAACGGCUCCAGCAGGAGAGAGCUAGGAUGGAGGUACAGCUCCAGGCAAGGGACAAAGAGGUACGUGAGUCCCUGGGCAGGGCAGAGCAGUGUUCUGAGGAGCUGAGGAGAACUAAAGAAGAGCUUGGUAGCAAGUUGUCAUGGGCGACCCGCAUCAUUCAAGACAAACUACCAUUCAAUGAUGAAGAACUUCCUGAGUUGAGCAGAUUGAAUGUACCAGCACAUGACAAGAAACAUCAGCAUCGGAGUAUGGAAGUGAUGGGUCAAGCAUCAACACUAGUUAAAGAGCUGUGUGCCGGAUUAUCUAACUUUCAUACAUACACAGAGCAGAGAUCUAAGAUCUUUCCCAUUGACUCAGGAACUGGUAUGCCCAUCAGCCAAGUCAAUCAGAAGUUCUGUAGCCAUCUUCAUGAGAAUGCUUCAUAUCUAAGACCAUUAGAGCAGUCGUUUGCUGCUUUUAAUGAAAGCACUCGGGAUGAUGCUCUUACAACAUUGGAAACAGCGACUGGACUUCAGGAUGUUGCUGCUAAAUUCAGUAAAUAUGUUGCCUACCUCCAGAAGCUUUUACCCUACCAACUCCUUAGCAUCGAAGAAGAAUGUCAUUUGUCAACAUGCUCCCAGACGUUAGAAUCCCGUAACAUGGAGCUUCACGCCUCUCUACAACGAAUGUCCUCUGUCUUCACCACGGUGGAGAGUUACGUCAGCCUCCUUGCCUCUGCUAGUACCACGUCCUGUGAGUGUCCUCAGGCAAACUUCAAAACCAUCUAUGAGAAGCUUGCUGAGAGUUUUACAAACCUGUAUGAAGUCAUGAAAGAUUUAUCAAAGAACUAUAACUUCAAGGUGUCGUUAGAGCAUCAGCUACCAAUAGCAUCUCAGAAGCUCAAGACAACAGAUGAAUGUGUUGUUUCAUCCCUCAUAUCAUUAGUAACGUGUACAGGAAAGAUCUCAAACUUCAUGAAGACCAACCUAGAUUUCUUCACUCGUCCAGUAGGUUAUGGAAACAGUAUGGGAUCUUCUGUAGGAGGACAGAGCACAUCACCAUGUGUACCAUUACUACGACAGAGAGCAGUAGCUUUUAUGGCUGCGUUGACUAAGCCAUGCCCCGAAACAGUGCCGUAUUCGACUGCCGUCCAGAACCAAAGGAUCCUGCUGAGCUCAACGGAGAGCAAGGAGGGUCUUGCUCAACAGGUGGCCUCCUCCAGCUCCAGGAUAGCUAGACUGGAGCAGGAGAAGGAGCAUUGGGUCCUGGAGGCUCAGCUCAUGCAGAUCAAAUAUGAUAGAGAGAUGCAGCAAAAAGAAGAAAAUAGUGAGAAAUCUGCCGAACUUGAGAGUGUCCUGAAGGGUCAAGGAGGGGUCACAAUCAAGCAGUCCCCAUCUCAAGAUAAAAUACCGCCCUCAACCCCUGCUUCCAAACAUGAUGACAUUGCCCAAGAUACUUCCAUGCUUGGAACUGCUGAUAAAUUAGCGAUGGACUUUGGAGGCAGUGAUGAGACAUCACGGGAGAAUAUGAUCAAGAGCCAUUAUACAUCUAGACUAUUAGAACUGAGAACCCAUCAGCAGAUAUGUGAUAGUAAAGGAGUUAACUUCAGUGCCGAGGUAUGUCAUUAAUGGAUGUGUGUGUGUGUAUGUGUAUGAAUUAGGGUUGAUAUCUCAUUUACAUGAAUGAUUAGGAAUAAAAACAUGUGCUUAUAGAUAAGCAUCCAGUGGACCUAUAGAUGUAAGUCCUAUCCAAUGGGCUUGGUAAGUAAAGAUUGAAGCUCUACCUGAAGGGUUUCUAACCUUUGACCUUUCAAGACUUUUCCACUUUGCCAUUGUACGUUUUUCUGCUUGUGAGGUGUACUGUUCAAAAGUGGGUGUGUUUGUAACUCAAAUUGCUGUUAUGGCAGGAUGCUGCAUAUAUGUAAUACAAGAUUCAAGAGAUAUUAUCAAUGUGAAUAAUAGAACUUUUGACACUGAUUAUCUUAGACCCAGUAAAAGAAAAUAGACAGAGCAGUGAGUGAUUUUGCUCUCAAAAGCUCCAAAAGACAUUUCCUAAAGGAACUCCAGAAACCAGAAAAUGAUCUUUUUUUUUACCUUGACUGCUUAGACUAUUGAAGGCGGACAGACACUUA